CCCACUCUGUCUCUCUCUCGUCUUUCCCGCGCCGCGGUUCCUGCCUCCUCCAAAAUCACCGUCUCAACCCAUGGCGCAGCGGCUGGGGACUUCGCCGCGGGUGCAGAUGGACAUGCUGCUGCCGAUCGCCGCACACGGGGGCGCAUUCCGCGACGACGACCGCGACGAUGACAACGACGAGAAUCCCAACGCCGACAGUCUAACGGCAGCCGGGCUUUCUUCCUUGCCGUCUUACCACCACGCUCACCAGCAUCCGAGGCUGACCACCACCACUGCUGCUACUCACUCCAUGCCAUCAGCAACGAGCCCUGCGCUUGCUGCAGCAGCGCGUCAGGAGCAACAGGAGCAGCGGGAGCAACAAGGGCAGAGCGCGGACGCUACUUUUGCAGCUAGCGUGGACCACUUGCAGUUGCAGGAGAGCAGCACCCUCCCGCCAAUACGCAGUGCAAUGCUCGCUUCACCCAUCACCGCAGAGCUCGCAGCAGCAGCAACAGCAGCAGCGCCGGGUGCAGGAGAGUCGCCAGGACUCGACAAACUGCACGCGGACCUUGCUUCAACCCACUCUGACCAUCUCAUUGCCCUUGCUGCAGCGACUGCCACCCCCUCAGCGACAGCACAAGCAGUAGCAGCAGCAGCAACAAUAACCACAACCGCAGCAGCCGCAGCAGCGGCAGCGGCCUCACGCGAAAAUGCCCGUCGUGCCGCUGCCUCUGCAGCCGUUGUCCUCAGCAGAACGGGCGGCACCUCGUUCUCCGACCUCCUCCGCGCAGUAGAAGCUGGCAGCGGGUCUGCUGGCGAGUACUACACCACGUCCAUCCGUCCAUCGACUGCCGCCAUCCCCUACGUGAGUCCCAACCUGCCUCCGCUGGCGUUUGCGGCUCCCGUUCCGUCGGUCAGCAUCCCUUCACCGGCGCUACACUCCGCAACCCCUGUCUCUCUGUCGCUUUCCACCUCCAUGACUUCCACGCAGGGCUCGUUGUCUCUUUCGACCUUGUCGUCAGACUCGCUCGCUGCCGCCUUCGCGUCGUCCAACGGUUUUCCCAAGCAACCUACAUCCCCAACACACAUGCGCGCUUCCCCAUCGUACAGCUCUCUGCAAAACCACCACAGCGCCAGCCUGAUGGGACAGCAUCACCUUGCCUUUGAGUCUUCCCACCUCCAAUUGGAGCCCUUCCACGACUCGCCCCCGUCGUCCAUGCCGUCAAGUCGGACGAACAGCGACAGCUCUUCGCGCUCUGCACACAUCAUGGCACACAAGCAGCAGCAACAGCAGCACCAGCAACACCAGCAGCAUCAGCAACAACACCACCAACAACAACUUCACCACCACUACCAUCAGCAACACCAUCACCCAACCGGCCUCUCGACACCGCGCUCGCUGCGAAGUGAAUCAUGCGACUCAAUCCCCUCUGCCCUCAAUGGCGAGCUUGGUCAACUACGACGGCUGUCCGAAGGCUCUGGGUCGCCGUGCCCGUCGCCUUCGGCCUUGUCAAUGGCUUCCUCAACCACUGCGCGGUCGUCGCUGGAGCUGUCCAGUGCGACCAUUGCCGCCGCCACAGCCUCCUCCAACCAAGUCUUACCUGCCGACGCGUUCCUCCCAAUCGCCGCGCAAGGGGCGAGAAAAGCUUCGGCAAUAUCGGUCUCGGCAGUGUCCACACUCUCCGAACCGACGUCUCCAACAAACACCUUAGUUUACUAUAGCAAUGUUACCUCACCAAUAGCAACGCCAUCGGCCAUCGCGACUCCGCCCCGUGCCCCAGUCAGCCCUGCUUCUGCUGCCGCCACGAUGGUCCCUCACCGCCACGACCGGCCGAAUCCCAUGGCGAGUCUGACCUUGAUGCCCGACGACAUUCCCAGCGUUCUCGCCGCCCUGAUUGACCCCCGCGCCGGUGGCCUCGAAAUCCGCGAUCGCCCGUGGUUGCUCUUCACGCUGCGCAGCUGCUUUGUGGGCAAGGAGGCGAUCGACUGGUUUAUCUGCCGCCUCAACCUCGAUGUCGACGAGAGCCGGCGCUACGGACAAAAGCUGCUUGAUCUUGGCCUCGUCAAGCACAGCUCCCCCACCAUCGGCUUCAAGGAAGCGGGCAUGUAUGCCUUCGACAUGCCGGUUGUCAAUGCCACCAUCCUGGCUGCAAAGGAAGCUGCGGCGUCCCGCAUCGAGACGAGCUUGGCCCCGUCGACCAUCACGUCCCCCCAGUCUCAUUCAGUCACCUCCUCCGGCCCACCUUCGCUGACUUCAUCGCAAGUCUUUACCGCGCCGGCCAUGCCUCUUCCGUCGGUCGCGCCGGUCGUGGGCUCGUAUUCCGCCCCAAUCACGCCCUGGGCUUCGCCGACCAGCUCGUUCAAAAAGCCGGCUCAAGCCGUGCCCACACACAGCGCCCGCGACUUUGGGCGAAUGCAAGAGGUCGUGUGGUCGACUACUCAGAAUCGAUUUGUACCAAAGUGGGAAGCCACACAAUAGUUUUUUUCGUUUUGUUGGCGUUAAGUUUUUAUCUAUACAAAUAAAUUGUUUUCAAAACCCAG